GGGCUAAACGGUAUGCUAGCUUGUUUGUGUACUGUUACACCUAGGUCGACAUUCGCACAGAACACUAGCGUUGUUGCAUUGACUCGCUGUGCAAACCGGAAAGCCGGCUAUGCCGUCUGUUUCUUCUUGGCUGUGAUGGAUAUCUCCUCCAAGUUUGCAGCCGCCCUCGUCGCCUUCCCGGCGUCAGUUCUAGGAGGCACGACAACCUUCCUCUUCUCUUCUGUCGCCAUUUCAGGCAUCAGGCCACCUCAGCCGUGUCGCUCACACGUCGCACCCGUUUCGUCUUGACCGCUGCGAUGUCUCUGGGUUUUGGGGCUACCUUUGUACCAUCGUGGUUUUCGUAUGUCUUUAUUUAUACAAGAGACAAUCGUGCAAAGGUUGGCUUCCUUGACGUAAUCGUCUUGGUGAUAGAGACCGGCUUUGCUAUCACUGCGUUCCUUGCCAUCAUGUUGAACGUGAUUAUCUCAGAGGACCAAGAGGAGGAGAUGGAGAGUCUAAUGAGAAAUGAUGGGCAGGAGGAAGCAGAACCCCGGACUUUAGAUGCUAUUGGCCGGAAAAGUGCUGGUCGACGGCAGUCAAAAUGAGGAAAUAGAUUCGUGAUGGGUCAUGAGGCACAGGUUUCCAC